CACACAAGUCAUACAGCACGUAAGGCGCAGCAAGCAGGCCAUGCAGCACGUAGUGCGCAGACAGCACACAAUGUAGACUCUGUCCAGAAUAUGCAGCAGCACCCAACAGCUAGAGCAUCUUCCCGAAUACUCUCAAAUCAUCCAUUGUAGCAGUAGCAUCUUCUAUUUAUUAACUGUACAUUUUUCAGUUGUACAUGUAUAGAUAUAGGGGCUCUGCCUCAUUGUAAAGUUGGGGAAAAAUUAUUACAGGGAAACUUUCGUUUCAGCACUAGCUAGCUUCACCACUACAAGAAAUCUCCCUUUUUGCAGCGUUUUUUAUUUUGUUGUAAUAAAAAUCGCUGCAAUAGAUUGUUUUUUGCAGCAAAAUAUGUAAGGUUGCAAAGAUUUCGCUGCAAGAACUGAUUUAAUGAAGUGGGCCGCUAGGCUUUAUUUUUUGCAGCGGAAACUUAUUUUAUAGCGGCGAACAUACGCCUUGCUUUUCUAAAACACUUGUUACAACGGCGUGAUACCGUUGCUAUUGCCUCAGGGCGCCAAAAAUCAGAGGACAAUUUAUUUUUCCCCCCGAAACAACUCUGUUACCAGCUACCCUUGUCCACUUCGAAGUUCUUGCCGAUUUCCUCCACCUUCGGUGCCCAGCUAACCAACGAUAUACACAAGGUUGGAAAUCUACCGUCGAUCGUCGAAGAGGUCCCGAACCCUAGAUUCUCCACCACUACAUUUCCCUUCCGCGGAAGCUACGGUCAUCGUUUCCUCCCCAUCCCGCUCUGUGUGUGUGUGAUUAGUGUCGGAGUGGUUUGCCCCUCCGAUUUCCAACCGUUGUAUCGGACGUAGACAUUGUGGAACCUACUGCUACAGGGUAUACCUUCCGCCACCACAGGAAUACGUGAAGGAUGAGGUGAACUGCAACUUUUGGAGCUUUAUUUGAUCGAUUCUUCUUAUUAUCUUGCUCACAGGGGCCCAUUUUUUGAGGGGGAAAACUGUUUGAAGUCUGUCUAUUGCCAACUUCAGAUAGCAAGAAAUGAGGAUCAACCCUGGAGAUGACAUGAUGGCAGAAAGUUCCCAAGGAAGAGGGGCUGGACGACGUUCCCGAGGCCGUCGAUUUGUACCCUACUCAACCAGAGCACGCCGACCACGAGGAGUUCGUAUUAGUUCAUACCACAGCCCUCCCAAUGACAAUAAUGAGUCCGGCUCGGAUGACUCAACUCAGCCUCCCAGUCAUCCAUGGGAGCCUCCAUGUCCCAUUCCGAUGCCCCCACCUGAGCCGGAUAGAGAACCCUCACCUGUAAGAGAGCCUCUGCCUACCGGGGAGAACAUUGUUACUAUUGUCCCCCCACCUAACGGAGAAAAUAUGGGUACGGUUCUCACCCCACCAAACGGAGAUAAUAUCGAAGCGACUGCCCCCACAAUGACUGAAACAAACCAGGAGCAGCCCAAACGAAAACGUGGGCCAGCUAAGUGUAUUGCGUUCGAAAUGUUGAGACGGCAAGGAAAAGUUUUGUUGAAGAUUAAUGACAGCGAAACGUCAUCAUGCUGUGCGAACUCAUCCAUGUUCACAGCACGGCUAACGCAAAUUGUAAAACAACACUGCGAUAUGAGCUAUGCGAGAUGGACCGAUGUGCCACAGGCACAAAAGGAUGAGUUGGUCGACCGUGUGAGGGCUGACUUCGUGUUGGAUUGGGAUCAGGAGAAUCAUAGGUUGACCGUCUUGAAGCAACUGAGGAAGAGGUUCAAUGCAUUCCAUCACCAAUUACACAAAAAAUAUGAAUCUUUUGAAAGCCACGAAGAAGCAUUGGCCACUGGAUGUUCAAUGGUUGACUUGAACGUUUGGGUUACCUUGUGUCGGAGGUGGGGAAGCGACGAAUUCAAGAAAAUGGCUCGGCAAAAUCGGGAGAAUAGAAAGGCGUUAUAUGUCAACCACACAACUGGCCGGAAAUCCUUUGUAAGGAUCUUGGAGGAGAAGCGGACUGCAAAUGCGGAUUUGGUGGAGUUCUAUAAAGAGACUCAUUGGUCAAAGAAGACUGGGAAAUUUGUCACCGAGGCAACUGAAGCCACUUAUAAGGAGAUGGUUGAGAGGCUGGAUGGUCUCGAGCCUGAGCAACGCACCAAUGAGGCAGCAGCUACCGUAUUUAGGGAGGUCCUUGGCUCUAGACCUGGAUAUUCAAGGGGGCUAGGAGAGAUGGUCAUCCCGAAUUCGACAAGAUAGCGGGACAGGGAGAGAGAAAAAGAGUACCUUGCAAUGAUUGAAAAAUACAAGCAAGAUGCAGACAAUUACAAGAAAGAUGCUGAGAAUUACAGGAAAGAUGCCGAGGGGUACAAGACACAGCUUGAAGCAAUUGAGGACAAAGUCAUGAGACUUCGUGAGAGGCAAAAUGAAACUGAUAAGUUGAUGAAGGAAUUUUUCCUCAAUUUCCGGGGAAACACAGACUGGAGAGACUCCUUGAGCGAAGACCAAAACUGUUAUAUAAAUAUUUUUUGGGUAGUGUGGGCAACUUCUUGGUAUUCAAUAUGAUGGUGGGUGGCCACGAUAUAAACUAUAUAUGUAUAUAAAUAGUCCUACACACACAUAUAUAUAUAUAUAUACACCCAACGAGAAAGGUUGUCUACUUUUGUAAUGUGUAGGAGGCAAAGGGCAACUGGUGGGAGUAUUUGGGCUUGACUGUAUGAGACUUCAGAUAUAGUCAAGCAAUGAACUGGAUAAGGACUUUUUGGGAUUUUUUGGGCUUCACAUAUAGUCAAGCAAUGCUGGUCUUCAGGAUGUGAUUGGAGUGGGCUCAAGAGCGGGGUUUCAGCAAUGCUACUUUCAAUUAUGUGAAGGAUUAAACCCUGUCCAGUAGAUGCAAAUUUAUAUGGAAGAAAGAUGAGGCAAUUGGAUGGAAAUAACUCCAAAUUUACUGACCCAUCUAUAUCACAUGGAGUGACUGGGGUCUCAUAUAUCUUGAGGAAAAUGUGAAGUUCCAAGAAGCCAUUACUCUAGCUGAAGGUCGGAAAAAAAGUUGUUGAAUCCAUGGAGGGAAUUGUGGGGAUCAGUAAACAGGUUUUGUUGGAGAGAGAGACAUUAUCAAGAAUGCAAAAGUAGUUUCCAACACAUAGGGCAGUUCACGAUGAAGUUGUUCUAGCCUGCACCACCAAUGCCCAGGUGCACUUGGUCUAGAUAACAUUGUUAAUUAUAAAAGAGCUGGACAUUGUGCACUAUAUAUUUAGUAGUUCGUAACUUGUAGGUUCUUGGUUCCAUGUGGUCCACCCCAAUGUAUAGCCCAUAACUACAUUAAGGUCUCAUGUUAAACUGGGAUUAGAUGAAUGAAUGUGUUUGAUUUAUUAUAUCACAAGGAAA